GAAGGCGAGACAGACGGACAGACGGACGGAGAAAGAGAGGCUUGCGCAAGGAAGGAGGGAGGGAUGCUCCGGGCGCCGCUUCCAGAUCGCUAAGGAGGUGGCCCAGAAGGAGCAGCCUCCAUGAGCUCCAAGAUCGGGGCCCUGGUGCCUCGCAGCCCGGCCUUGAUGAACCAACAACCGCCGCCGCCGCCGCCGCCGCCGCCUUCCUCAGCCCUGGAGUCGUCCACCACCACCCUCUCCAACGGCAACAGCGGCAACGCGGGCAACAGCGGCAGCGACGGGGGCGCCUCGUCCACGCCCGCGCCCUCCUCCUCCAAAGCCAAGAAAGCCAGCUCGGGGCUCCGCCGCCCGGAGAAGCCGCCCUACUCCUACAUCGCGCUGAUCGUGAUGGCCAUUCAGAGCUCGCCGUCCAAGCGGCUGACGCUGAGCGAGAUCUACCAGUUCCUGCAGGCGCGCUUCCCUUUCUUCCGCGGCGCCUACCAAGGCUGGAAGAACUCGGUGCGGCACAACCUCUCGCUCAACGAGUGCUUCAUCAAGCUGCCCAAAGGCCUGGGCCGGCCCGGGAAAGGCCACUACUGGACCAUCGACCCGGCCAGCGAGUUCAUGUUCGAGGAAGGCUCCUUCCGACGACGCCCGCGGGGCUUCCGAAGGAAAUGCCAGGCGCUCAAGCCCACCAUGUACCACCGCAUGGUCAACGGCCUGGGCUUCCUCCCGCAGGGCUUCGACUUCCAGGCGCCGCCGGCCGCCCCGCUGGGCUGCCACCCCAACGGCUACAACCCGCUGGAGGUCAUGCAGGCCGGCGCCGCCUACGAGGCCCACCACGUCCCGCACAUGUCGCCCAACCCGGGCUCCACGUACAUGGCCAGCUGCCCGGUGCCCUCCAACGGCGCCGACUACGGGCCGGACAGCAGCAGCAGCCCCGUGCCCUCCUCGCCGGCCAUGGCCAGCGCCAUCGAGUGCCAUUCACCCUACGGCAGUCCCGGGGGCCACUGGACCUCCUCGGGGGCCUCCCCUUAUCUCAAGCAGCAGACCCUGCCGCCGCCGCCGCCGCCCGCCGCCGCCGCGGCCCCCGCGGGCAUCCACUCGGGAAUGGCCUCCUACUCGCUGGAACAAAGCUACCUGCAUCAAAACGGAAGGGAAGACCUCGCAGUGGGAUUGCCGCGCUACCAGCAUCACCCCUCGCCGGUCUGCGACAGAAAAGAUUUCGUCCUCAACUUCAACGGCAUCUCUUCCUUCCACCCCUCGGCCAGCAGCUCUUAUUAUCACCACCACCACCACCACCAAAGCGUCUGUCAAGACAUCAAGCCCUGUGUGAUGUGAACAUGGACUGGGAAGGCCGGAUCCGAAGAAGCGGGAAAGCGGGGGGGCGCAGGCGGAUUUGCGCAGCAGCUGCUCUCUCUGCGCAAGUGCAGUCCACUCAAACCACACGACGUAAGGAGACCACCUAGCUGAUCCCUCCCGGCUUUACAUACAUCUUUCGGGUUUGCUGUAUGUGAAGCGCGAUCCUAAGCAUGUUUAGUUUGGCAGUAUGCUCCACUAUAGUUAGAGAAGGUGCGCAGCCGCGCAGCCCGAUCCUAUGCACUCCUACCAAGCUUUACCCUCCCCAUCCAAAAAAAGGUGUAUCCAAACUUGAAGCCCUACGCAGGCUCGUCUGCUCAUAAGCAAGUUUUAAUCAGCGGGGCUUAAACCUAGAUAAUAUAUAGGAAUUGAGUCUGCCCUGAGCAAGAACAGACCCCAAUCCCCAGGCGCGCGCAAACAGUGGAGCGAACUUCAGUUGAACUGGAUGGGACUUUCUUCCAGGAAAAGCCUGCUUGGGAUCGCGCUGCGUACAAAGUCCAAGGUAGCGUCCCCUUUAAUCUGUGGAAAGCUUGUUACCAGGGUCAUCUAGGUUCAGAAUAAAACAGCCAUAUUCCGUUGAUAGCCAAUUCUUUAAGAUGAUGAAUAAAAUGUGUGUUUUAUUUGUUUUAUUUGUUUUUAACUCACGUUGCCUUAUCUGGAAAAAUAGAUAUGGGCUGGAUCCAGACUCGAUCAGACCCAUCUCCAUCCAACCCCCUAGGAAACUUCUGUUAAACAACAACUUGGGUUGGGAUUUGCCAUCUAGCCAGUUACACAGAAUUCUUCCUUUAAAAAAAAAAAGAGAAAAGGACUCACUCUUUUAAGCCUGACAGAUUCUGUAUAAGUAAACGACGUCCUGCGGGAGUUCAGGCCAGGUCACAAUCUAGUGAGAGUUAAGCACUUUUGAUCCCAUUGAUACCUACGGGAGUCUUGCGAAGAUGUGUGCUUUGCCUCCGGAGCUCAUGCAUUUUCAAGCAAAGUUAAAGUCCGGCUGAACUUAAAGAUUUCCCGAGUAAGUCCCUUGAAGGGUACACGAGCCUCGAACACUUGAAAGAUUAUCUCAUUUAUUGGGGUGUUAACUUUCCUCCUUUCCUACCAGAUUCUCUCAGUGAAAUUAAUAAGGCAAAAAAGUGGCUUAACUUUAACUGGAUCCUACCCCAAUGUUUUUUUAAAAUCUUCUUCCAACAAAAAAGUCAGUUUUGAGGGCAUUGAAAGAAACGAAGAGGGAAGAUGAAAAAGAAAAGAAAAGGAGAAACUGGUGUUUCUCUUUCCUCUUUUUCCAAAUCUUCCCGCUGCUUUCUCCCUAGAGGUUAAGGUUUCAGCCUUAAACGUCUCCUCCCUGCCAACGACGGACUCCAUUCAGCAGCACCAACCAGUAUUAUUAAAUAAGCAUUGUUUUAGAUUUCUGGGAUAUGUGUGUGUGCGUGCGUGUGUGUGUAUGUGUGUGUGUGCCCACGCUUCCAGAAAAUUCCCGGAUUCGGUUCCUUCGCUUUUGUUUCCUUCUCCACAGUACCACGUUUGAGGUUAGUUUGUUUUCUUUCCUUUUUUUAAAAUCCAACAAAAAAGUGUUUAUAUCACAAUCUUUAAAAAAAAUAUUUGAAAUAAAUCUUGUGUAUACUCACACACUAUCGCUUUUAAACCGGAGAUUAUAAUUUGCACUUAUGUAUAACGUUUGUCGGUUCGUCCAAAUAUUGUGAUGUACAAAGUUUUUGGGGUGGG